CUAACAACCCACCUCCUCUCCCUCACCCCAUCCCACCUGCACACCGCAACAACCCACCCCUUCCUCCUCGCCGCCGCGACCUCCACCCUCCCCCCUUCAAUCCUCACAACCUGGCUCGCCCAAGACCGCCUCUACGCCCUCUCCUACCCCUCUUUCAUCGGCUCCAUCCUCUCCUCCUUGCCCCUUCCCUCCCACCCUUCCCGCUCUACGUCAUUGGAGUGGAGGGUAGCGGACGUGUUGAUCGAUGCGUUGGCGAAUAUUAGGAGAGAGAUCGGGAUGUUCGAGGAGGUAGCGAGGCAGGAAGGAUGGGAAGCGGAGGUGUGUGGCGGGGAAGUGGAGGAGGGCACGGCGACGAGAUGUUAUCGGGAUUUGUUCGCGGGUGCGACGGGUGGUGCAAAAGGGUGGGUGGUGGGGUUGGUGGUGUUGUGGGCUACGGAGGAGUGUUAUUUACGGGCGUGGAAGUUUGCCAAAUCGCAUUGCGUUGCGCAGAAGGGGGAAGGUGAUGCUGGGCAGGAUGUCAUGGCCAGGGUCUUCAUUCCCAAUUGGAGCUCGGAGGAGUUCGAGGGGUUUGUGGGGCGGUUGAGGGGGUUGGUGGAUGAAGUUGGAGUUGAGGAGGGAGGGUGGGUGUGGAGGGAGUGUGAGAGGGCUUGGAGGCAGGUUGUGUGGAUUGAGAGUAUUUUUUGGCCGGAUGUGGAG